CCCGCUCCCACAUCUGCAGCUGGAAUUGCAAUUUGAGGCGCUGCCUGGGCCGGGACAGGGAGUGGGAGGAAGCCGGAGCGCGGGGGGCUGCGCGGGGCCCCGACGGGGACAGAGCCGCGGGGACACAGCCGCGGGCAGGACGGGGACAGAGCCGCGGGCACCGCGGGGGCGGCCGGAGCCACCAGCCCGGGGGACACGGCCCGGGUGACAAAGCGAGGGGUCCCCAACCUGUGUCCCCCCCACAGCGGUGGGCAGCAAGGCCAUGGCGAUGCUCCUGGAGCCCGGGAUGCAGAGCCUGCGGAUGGGUGCCAACGGUGAGCGGUGCCCGACGCCGUCCCCGCCCGGCUCCCCGGGGACACCCCAUGACAGCUGCAGCAUCGCCCCGCUGACGCCGUCCCAGUCGCCGCGGAGCGAGGCGCGUUCCCAGCAGGCCCCGUCCUUCUCCGUGGUGGUGGCCAUCGACUUCGGCACCACGUCCAGCGGUUACGCCUUCAGCUUCACCAGCGACCCCGAGGCCAUCCACAUGAUGAGGAAAUGGGAGGGGGGCGACCCGGGCGUGGCCAACCAGAAGACCCCCACCAGCCUCCUGCUGACCCCGGAGGGGACAUUCCACAGCUUCGGCUACACCGCCCGCGAUUACUACCACGACCUGGACCCCGAGGAGGCCCGCGAGUGGUUCUACUUCGAGAAGUUUAAGAUGAAGAUCCACAGCACCAGCGAUCUGACCAUGAAAACCGAGCUGGAAGCUGUCAACGGGAAGAAGAUGCUGGCGCUGGAGGUGUUUGCCCACGCUCUGCGCUUCUUCAAGCAGCAUGCGGUGCAGGAGCUGAAGGACCAGUGCCCGUCCCUGCCCGAGAGCGACGCCAUCCGCUGGGUCCUCACCGUGCCGGCCAUCUGGAAGCAGCCGGCCAAGCAGUUCAUGCGGGAAGCGGCCUACAAGGCCGGGCUGGUGUCCCCGGAGACGCCGGAGCAGCUGCUGAUCGCGCUGGAGCCCGAGGCCGCCUCCAUUUACUGCCGGAAGCUGCGGCUGCACCAACUGAUCGAGCUGAGCUGCCGCCCCCCGGCCAACGGGGCCGAGACCCCCCACCCCAUCGACUCCAGCUUCCGACAGGCCCGGGAGCAGCUCCGGCGAUCCCGGCACAGCCGCACCUUCCUGGUGGAGUCGGGAGUGGGCGAGCUCUGGUCGGAGAUGCAGGCAGGUGACAGGUACAUCGUGGCCGAUUGUGGCGGGGGGACGGUGGAUUUGACCGUGCACCAGAUCGAGAAGCCGCAGGGGACGCUGAAAGAGCUCUACAAAGCCUCGGGAGGUCCCUACGGGGCCGUGGGCGUGGACCUGGCCUUCGAGAAGCUUCUGUGCCACAUCUUUGGGGACGAUUUCAUUGCCACCUUCAAGGCCAAGCGUCCGGCGGCCUGGGUGGACCUGACCAUCGCCUUCGAGGCGCGGAAGCGCGCGGCCGCCCCGAGCCGCUCCAGCCCCCUCAACAUCUCCCUGCCCUUCUCCUUCAUCGACUUCUACCGCAAACACCGCGGCCACAACGUGGAGACCGCGCUCCGCAAGAGCAAUGUCAACCUGGUGAAGUGGUCGUCCCAAGGGAUGCUGCGGAUGUCCCCCGAGGCCAUGAACGAGCUGUUCCAGCCAACCAUCACCCACAUCAUCCAGCACAUCGACGCCCUCCUGAAGAAACCCGAGGUCCACGGAAUCAAAUUCCUGUUCCUGGUGGGCGGCUUCGCCGAGUCGGCCAUGCUGCAGCGGGCGGUGCAGGCCGCCUUCGGCCGCUGCUGCCGGGUCAUCGUCCCGCAGGACGUGGGGCUGACCAUCCUCAAGGGGGCCGUGCUCUUCGGCCUGGACCCCGGCGUGGUGCGGGUGCGCCGCUCCCCGCUCACCUACGGCGUGGGCGUCCUCAACAAGUUUGUGGAGGGCAAGCACCCGCGGGAGAAGCUGCUGGUCAAGGAGGGCAAGAACUGGUGCACCGACAUCUUUGAGAAGUUCGUCGCUGUGGACCAGUCGGUGGCGUUGGGGGAGGUGGUCCAACGGAGCUACUGCCCGGCCCGGCCCGGCCAGCGCCGGACCAUCAUCAACAUCUACUGCUGUGACACCGAUGACGUGGUGUACAUCACCGAUCCUGGCGUCAGGAAGUGUGGCACCAUCAGCCUGGAGUUGGGGGAUGCGGGGGAUGCGGGCCCGGCGCGGGGCCGGCGCGAGAUCCGCACCAGCAUGCAGUUCGGGGACACCGAGAUCAAGGUGACGGCGCUGGACACGCGCACGGCGCGCAGCGUGAGGGCCACCAUCGACUUCCUGUCCAACUGAGGGGACCCUGGGACGUGCCACCAUUGACUUCCUGUCCAACUGAGGGGACCCUGGGACGUGCCACCAUCGACUUCCUGUCCAAUUGAGGGGCCCCUGGGACAUGCCACCAUCAGCUUCCUGUCCAACUAGGACUACCCAGGAUGUGCCACCAUCGACUUCCUGUCCAACUGGGACUACCCAGGAUGUGCCACCAUCAGCUUCCUGUUCAAUUGAGGGGCCCCUGUGACGUGCCACCAUCGACUUCCUGUCCAACUGAAAGGACCCUCGGCCAUGCCACCAUGGUCUUCCUGUGAGACUGAGACUACCCAAGAUGUGCUACCAUCAACUUCCUGUCAAACUGAAACCUUCCUGGAGACUCCACCAUUGAAUUAAUCUCCAGCUGAGACCACCUGCCAUCAUGGGGACACCCCCAGGACCUGCCAUCAUGGACAUCCUGUCCAGCUGAGGGGCCCUGGGAGAUGCCACCAUCAACUUCCUGUUCGGCUGAGGGGCCCUGGCAUUGUGGGGACAUCCCUGGAAUCUGCCACCGUUGACUUCCCGUCCAUCUGAGACCCUCCUGGAGAUGCCACCAUGGAUUUCAUCUCCACCUGAGGAACCCUGUGAUGGUGGAGACAUCCCUGGGAGAUGCCACCAUCGACUUCCUGUCCAUCUGAGACCUUCCUGGAGAUGCCACCAUAGACUUCCUGUCCAACUGACAUUGGGACCACCAUUGUGGGGACCACUGGGAGUUGCCACCACUGACUUCAUCUUCAACUGAGGCCAUCCUGGGAUCUGCCACCACUGAAUCCUGUCCAACUGAGAGUCCCUGUCAUUGUGGAGACACCCCCAGGAGCUGCCACCAUGGACUUCCUGUCCAACUGAGGGGCCUUGGGAGAUGCUGCCAUCAACUUCAUCUCCAGCUGAGACCCCGCCAACAUCAUGGGGACCUCUGGGACCUGCCACCAUGGACUUCCUGUCCAACUGAGACGUCCCUGGAGAUGCCACCAUGGACUUCCUGUCCAACUGAGAUGUCCCUGAAGAUGUCACCAUGGACUUCCUGUCCAACUGAGACCCUUCUGGAGAUGUCACCAUGGACUUCCUGUCCAACUGAGAUCUGCCUGGAGAUGUCACCAUGGACUUCCUGUCCAUCUGAGACCUCCCUGAAGAUGCCACCAUGGACUUCCUGUCCAACUGAGAACCUUCUGGAGAUGUCACCAUGGACUUCCUGUCCAACUGACACCUCCUGAAGAUGCCACCAUGGACUUCCUGUCCAACUGAGACCCUUCUGGAGAUGCCACCAUGGACUUCCUAUCCAACUGAGACCUCCCUGGAGAUGCCACCAUGGACUUCCUGUCCAACUGAGACCUCCCUGGAGAUGCCACCAGCGAUUUCCACCCCAGCUGAGACCUCCUGUCACUGUGGGGACCAUGCCAGGACCUGGCACCAUCGAUUCCCUCCCAGACUGAGACCCCCCCCCUUAUCCUGGGGACCCCAGUCCCUGCCCCCCACCCUCUCCCAGCCCCCCUUUAACUGGAAUUGGCCUCGUGACCCCUCCCCAUCCCCCAUCCAGGACUAUUUGGGAUUCUCCACCUGGGGAUGUCCCCUGUCCCUCUGGGCAGGUUCAUGGAGGGGAUCUGGGCUCCCAGCCCAUUCCCAGUGGGAUUUUCCUCCUUCCCAAGGUGGGAUUUUGUACUUUAACCCCCCCCAGGCAUGUAAGAUAUCUUGAUAUUUAUAUAUAUAUAUAUAUAUAUAUUUGUAGGCACAUAAAA